AUGACAGAAAUUGAAAAACAAAUGACUGAAGUUACAACAAAGCUGGAAGAAGUAAAUUUGGAAGUCGAAGAACCAGCAGGAAAAUUUUUUGACGAGGCUUCAGCUGUCAAUGAAACAAAACGCAAUUCCUUAUCGAAAUUCUUUAGUUUGAGAGCCAAGAAGGCUAAAAGUUGCGAUAAUCUUUUCGGGGAAGAAGAAAUGAAAGUUCCUAAGCCAUCAAACACGUUCAGUCGACUUUUCAGCAAAAAACCGAAGAGUGAAAUUGAUGAAGCUGAAGCAGAAGUGAAGCCUAAACGUUCAAACUUUUUCCGAAACUUUGCUAACUACAAUCUCGUUCCUUGGAUUGGUUCCAAGAAAUCUCAAUGCAACAUCCACAAACCAGAAGAAGUGCAAAUGUCUGAUGACGAUGAAUCUCCAGUUGGAGAAAUUGCCACUGAGUCUCGUAUUUUUUAA